AUGAGUAGGGGGUACGCUAACUUAAAUGCUUUUGUUGAGAAAGACAAACAGGACAGAUGGUCGACUAACCGGAAGGGAGCUGGAGGAGGAGGAGGGGGGACACAUAAGGACAGCAGAAGGAUUAACCAAAUUGAGCGUCACAAAAAUGGGUUUGUUUCGAGGGAUUUGAGAAGCCAAGCUUCUGCCAAUGAUCAGCACCUCUUCUUCAUCAGGGGUAGCAGAGGGGGAGACCACCACGAUGAGGGAAAGAAGGGGUCCCACCGGGAUGUGAGACCCCCUAGGGAGUUGUACGACCAGUCGGAAAGGAGCCAGAGCAGGGCGGACCAUCGCGUAGAGCACCGCGUAGAGCACAGGGCUAACCGAAAGGAUGACCCCAAGGUAGGACACACCAAACCGCACAAGUCCUCUCAUCACCGUCACCACAAGGAUGCGCAUCGGCACCAUCGCAGAGAUUCACAACGACACCACCGAGGGGACUCACGACGCCAUCACCACCACCCCCAGAAGGAGGUAGUGGACACAAAAGAUAAUUCAUCAGGUGGUCUCCUAUGGAAUUGCGUCAAGAGUGUAUGUUCCUCCUUUGCAUCUGUCGUGAAGAAAAAUAUUUUUACUUACGAAGAUGCCACGAAUGAGAGCGGAAGAGGAAAAAUAAUUUCUGACCUUUCCAGGCUUAUAGACAAAAAUGCACAGAGGAACAAACAAAAGGAUCCAUUGCAGGACGACCAUUCGACUACAACGUUAAGCAGAAACCAAAACCAUAUGCAAAGGAAGGAUAGGAGAAGGGAAGAGGAGUUCCUUGAACAAGGAGAUAAUGCACUUAAUAAAUAUCACGAGAAAAUGCAACGUCGGAUGGAAAAAAAAAAAAAAAAAAGCGCAUCAUAUGAAUUUUCCGAUAACGAUUUGAAGAAUUUAUUUAUGCUACAUAGUGAGGAAAGGGCGGAAGGUCCAUCGCAGGAGGAUGCAAAGCGGGUGAAGGGUGGUGAAGGACGUGAUGGAAGGAGCGAACGUGUAGAGUUAGGCCCGGGAGUUGUUGAGAAGCUCGACGGGGCGCCCCACCGCGUAGGUGCAGAGGCACCCGUCACAGGAGGGCCGCAGUCAAUCCCACACAUAAUUGUAAACAAUGGAAGCUUCACCAAGCGAAGUCAAAAGGAGGAUUUGAACUCGAGAGGAAGACGUGCUACCCAUUCGUCGGAGGAGGAACACACACUGGGUAGGCUCGGGCGUCUUAAUAGGCAAAGUGAAGAGAUAAGGAAGAAGCUGGAAGGGGAGAAGGAGGAGGACGAGGGGAAGAAGAGAAAGGGAAGCUUCCCCCUCCCUUCCGCCAGUAGCAACAGGACCAGCGACAGCAGUAGUGAUGGAGAUGGUGAAAAGGAUACACUCCGAAACAGCCUGUACUCGAAGGACAACAUUUUCAGGCAGCUGUUUGAAGCAGGACAGGAACACAGCAUGGAAGAUGGGGACGAGUAUGAGGAAGGGGGAGGAGGAAUGGAGGGAAAAUUGAAUGGUAGACAACUCGCUCCGAGCAGUAAAACAAAUGCGCCUGAUCAAAACGGCUACAUAAACUUGGAACAGGGAAAGACUCUCCUUCAAAAUGGUCUGCACCAGAUGGGAGAUCAAAUGUCUUCUCUGCAAAACGAGAAAGAGGAUAAGUUGUAUUAUGAAAAUAUUUUUGAGGAUUUCGAACAAAAAGGGAAAUCGAUGGAGGAUCCCGACGACAGCUCAGCGGACAGCUUUAAGAAUAUCUUCUACAAUCGGAGGAAGAAGAAGAAGGGGGAAGUGGCCCCCAUGGAACAGAGGGAGAAGACAACCAGCGGAGCAGAUGGAGAGGCGAAAAAAAGCGGCUCCGAGGUGGAAGAGAUCAACGCAGGAGACGCAUCCAACUCAGACGCUGCCUCCAGCUUGGACACCGCCUCACACUCGAAGAGCCCCGCGCACAAAGGGGCGCACUACUUCCGCAGUUACAUCAAAAGCAGCGAGGAAAUAACACAAAUACGAUUCGAGUUCAAGCAGCUGAUGCAGACGAUAGACUCCUUCAUUGUUCAAAAUUCAACCAGUGAGGAAAUUUUUGGAGAUAAAAAUGCAGCUCAAGGAAAUGACCACCACAGCAGUGACACGCAAAACUCACUCAAGAGAGAGAGCAAAAAUGAAGCGCCCUACUUAGAGAUGGACAAAGGGAACGAGGCAGAUGCAGAGGAACAGUCCAUGAGGUUUAUCGAGUCUGUCACGUCGGAAGAUAAAAGUGGGUAUGUAAUACUUAAGAAUGAUGAGGAGUCCCUUAUAGAAGCACUUGAGAAGCUUCGAAUUGAAAAAAGGAAGAAGGACGCAAAGGGGAGGGAACUAGAUGACGAGGUAAAUCGAAUUGACAAAGCACAUGCGCCAGGUUUAAUAGACCCAGAUAUUUUCUUCAAGUGCAUUAACAAGGACCAUUACGAAAAAGCGGCUCAGAUACUACGACAGAAGGGAGAAAACCUUGUACUAAUAGAUAAAUUUAAUGUCCCUCUUUUGUAUUCACAAAUAAAAUGUUUAAUGGAUACAAAGUGGCUCAACGAUGAGGUCAUUAACUUUUACAUGAGUAUGCUUCAAGAAUAUAAUACGAAUAAUAUUAAAAAGGACACGGCAAAUAAUUUUUUACCCAAAAUUUUUACCUUUAGCACUUUUUUUUUUCAAUCCCUGAGCUCAAAUGGUACUUACAAUUAUAACAAGGUGUCUAGGUGGACAAAGAGGAAGAAGGUAGACAUCUUUGCCUUCGACUUGAUUCUCAUUCCGUUGCACGUCGGGGGGAACCACUGGACCUUGGGAUCGAUUAACAUGAAGGAGAAAAAAAUUAAACUCUACGACUCUCUGAAUAUGACCAAUACGAAAUUCUUCGAGUACAUGCGGCGCUACAUCGUGGACGAGAUGCGGGACAAGAAACAAAUGGAGCUCGACGUGUCCGAGUGGGAAUACAGCCUGGACGGCCGUUCGGAGGUCGGAAUCCCCUGCCAAGAGAACGGUUACGACUGUGGUGUGUUUACCUGCAUGUUCGCCAAGUGCCUAAGCUUUAACCGCAGAUUCGACUUCAGCCAACGGGACAUUAAAGAAAUUCGAAUGAAAAUGGUGAGUUAUGAGAGGAGGGAGCGUGCGCGUGGACGACUUGCCGGGCGGUGA